UGUCUAAUACACAUUAGGAAAGUAUUGUAACAUGAAUUUUUACAAUUUACAUUUUCUAUUUCAUUUUAGUAUUUAUUUAAUUUUUAAUAAAACAGUAUGUCGUUUUGUUUAGUACCUAUUUUAAUAAAUUUUUGUCUCACAGUAAAAUAAAAAUGGUCGUUUUUAUUUAAUAAGAUUUGCACGCGUACGUAGUAAUGCGUACAUUACUUUCUUUGUUUUUUGUUACCAAACCAUAUUAAAAUGCAAGUUUUUGAAGAAAUAGAAAAACUGCACCUAGACAGCCUCAAUGAUGAGUGGGUGCAAUCUGUGUAUGAUUCCGAAUUUAUGGAGUUUGGGGAUUUGCCGCCAGAAUACGAAAGUGCCAUUGAAUCCAAUGAAGAUGAUGUCCGUAUAAUUUUUGAAAAUAUUGUGAAUCUAAUUGAAGAUUUGGUUAACAGAGAUUCUGACACAUUGACAAGAAUAUCUACAGAAAUAAAACAUCAAAGAUUGUCAGCCCUAAUUGGAUUUUACAUUAAUGAUGGGAACAAAAACAUAUUGAUUUCUGAUAGCAGAAAUAAUGCUCUAUGGGCCUCACGUCUAUAUUAUAAGCUCCUAGUGAUUCCGGGACAAACUUACCAUGUUUACCAUUCUCAACUGUUUACACAUUCCCUUUCCUGUCUAAAAUUUCCAAAGGCAGUAUGUGACCUUGAAGGUACCUGCUUUAUGGGAAUGCGACUUUUGAACGAAGUAAAUUUAAUUAUAAAAAACCUGAGUGGUUUUGUUAAUGAUUUGAGAAAUGUUGUCCAAAAAUUGGACUUAAAUCCGGGUGAGGUGAACUUUGAAGAAAUUCUUCAAAACCUAGUAGAUAUAACUGGUGGUGCUAUACUUUAUAAGUUUAAUGUUGACAAAGUGGCGCUCGCAAAUGUUACAAGAGUAAUUUAUGAAGUGAUUGAUAUGUUAUUAUGCAGCUCAAAUGGUCAACCAAAUCCAAUGGCCAUAAAGCUACUAUUCAAAUGCCUGUUGCAGAAACUUGUAGCAGCUUCUUUGGAUUACAGACAAGCAAAUAAUAUAGUGAGAGCAUCCUUUGUGACAUAUACAGGAUUAAUUCUAAAGAAGUAUGCUCAAAUUGCUCUACCAAGCUUUUUGACACUUUUGCAGCAUUUAGCAUACCGUUUGGAUGGUUCGGAAAAGGCAGAAGUGAGAAUGACACGAGUGAACUUAACUGUUGGAUUGAUGAGCCUUUUGCCUCAAAGGUCCUUUAGAAGUUAUGUCCGUUGGAUGAUCAGGUUAAAUUCAUCAACAAAAGUGCCACAUCGUCAAAUUGCUUUGGAAGUUUUGUUUAAACUAUUACCAUAUGACCCUGAAGAAACAAAUGAAUCUGGAGCUGAAACACCUCGGAAAAUAUCUACUGAUACCAUUGGUUCGGAGGAAAGGAGCAGCCAAAAUGGAGAUGCUACUGACAGUGGACUGGACAGUAGUAACAAGACUUCAGUUAACUUGACAGACUCAGAGGGUGAAAGCCCCGAUAUUGUGCCAGAAUUAAUUAUAGAUAAUGAAGACUUUGAAGAGGACGUCCCAAAUAUUCUUCAACACCGGCGCCAUUGCGUGCCGCACAUGCAGAUAGUGCGUGCUAUAUACGACCGCGUGAACGAUGUCUCCAGUACACUGCGGACACGAGCGCUCGCUAUCAUUAUAGAGCUGUUGGACACUCCCCUGCCAGCCGUUCAGAAAGCUAUAAUAGAACUCAACGGAAUGAAUGGUGGAGAGUGCAGCAUCGCGAGCGUGGCCUCGAGGUGUGCGGUGGACGAGCGUGCUGUCGUGAGGAAGGCCGCAGUAACUGUUUUUCAUCAGCUGUUGUUAAGAAUUCCUCAUCCUUCAUAUUGUACGACACUAGUAUCGCUGUGUCGCGACGCCAGUAUCUUAGUCCGGACCGCAGCGAUCAGUGCCUUAUCCGAUGUGGCGAUGCAGAAGCCAUCGGAAGUGACCAUCACCGCUUUCUUAGCUGGACCAAUGCAUCAGCUCUCUGAUCCAGAAACCAAGAUACAAGCACAAGUAACUGCUUGUGUUCAGUCCUUAUUGAUAUCUCCGUUGACGAAGUACAAGGAGGGAGUACCGGAGGAUCCGCGAUCCGGACUGUUCCUGGCGGGGAUUGUUCAACUUCGAAUGGGAAAGCAUCUACAGAAGGCCUGCAAAUUGCUGCAGGAAUCAUCCAACUGUAUUAACCACCGCCUAGUGGACAUAGUGAGCACACACUUGGGCGUGUCCGACGAGCGCGACAUGCGAGCCCUGGUGUUGUUGUCAGCGGUGGGCCGGCUCGUGGACCAGGCCGAGGUGACCUUCCUGGUGGACUACUACUACAGCCUGGUCAACGAUGAUAAGAAGCGCGACAGCAGACUGCUUCCUCUGACGCUGGAGAUGAUAUCGGUGUGGGAGCGACACAUCAGAGAGCCCGAGAGGAGACUGUUGUGGCAACAUCUUAUUGACAGAAUAACAUCAAGCCUUGACAGCGAGUGCAGGACUGCGUACGUAACAUGUGCAGCUAUUUUGUACCCUUUGGACUUGCAGUGGGCUAAUGAUCUAAUGAAACUGUCCGGCCGUCGCGCGCUGGCCGGCGCCGGGCUGCGCGAGUGGCUGCGGGCCGCGGACGUGUCGCUGGCGGCGCCGGCGCGGCCCUCGCCGGACCUGCUCGGGCUGUUCCUGGCUGCGAUUGAAAACCCGCCCAGUGAGUGGUCGGGCGGCCAGCUGGCAGCGUGCGUGGUGGGAGCGGGCCGCCUGUGUCUCCGCUCGCGGGCGGCGGCCAAGCGCGCGGCCCCGCCCCUCGCGCGCCUGCUGGGCUCGCCCCCCGCGCGCGACACGCUGCCCGCCAGGCUCAACGCGCUGCUGGCGCUCACCGACAUCUGCACCAGGUAUUCGUGUAUAGUGGACCCCCUCCUGGAGUCCAUCUGCGGGUGCUUGGAGAAGGACGCGCCCCGGCAGCUGCGGCGCGCCGCGUCGCGGGCGCUCACCCGGCUGCUGUUGGGGGACUUCCUGCGGCUGAGGACCCCGCUCUACUACCGCUACUGCGCCCUGCUGGCCGAUGAUGACCGCGGAGUUCGGGAGCCGGUGGAGUAUUAUAUCACCACCGGUCUGGCGGUUGAUGUCAUCAACCAUCACUUUGUGGAUAGCGUCAUUUAUUUUAAUAAAGAAGAAACUGAGGGGCUGUCGUGGGAGGCGCGGCAGCUCAUCUACGACGUCAUGCUGCAGCGCCUGAGCCCGGGCCAGCGCAUGAACGUGCAGCGCCGUCUGGGCCGCGACGUGCUGGCGCGGGCCGCCGACCUGGUCCACGACCUGCCGCCAGGCCGCGCGCUGCCGGCCGCCACGCGGGCCGCCACGAGGGACGCCGCCACGCUGCUGUGCGGGCCGCGGAUGAAGCUGCCCAAACGUCCUGACAAGCAAGGCGAGGCGGACAUAGAAGAGCUUCAAGAGAGAGUUACCGUUAACAUGGUGUCACAUGCCAUGAAGAAAACGGUUGCGGAGGAGCUGGUCCCCGCGGUCAUGAGACUCCACGCGGCGCUGCGGGCGCGAGGCGAGCAGCCCGCUGACUACAUGCUGCGGCUGGCCACCGACCUGUACAACGACUACCGCCACGAGAUUGAGGAGCUUAUCGAGAACGAUGAAGACUUAAUGGAGCGCGUGCGUCAGUUUCAAGAAACUCACGGAUUGGAGCCCAUCACCGUGAACGCUCGUAACCUGGUCACCUCCAAUGUGCCACCCGACCCCGAGACACCCCGGGCACCGAGGAAGCGCGUCAACAGAUCCGAUCAAAACAAAUCUCCGCGGAAACGCAUCCUCAGAGUAUGAAGUACUUAACAAAAAAGAAGACCAGGGUCGAUCAUGAUUAAACCAAAGAAAAAAAUAAUAAGAGAAUAUAACAGAAAUUAAAUGAAAAAUAAAUUACGGGCGAUCUGAGGUCGGGAAGUGGAAAAAAGAUUGAAACUACAAGUCCUAUAGAAAAAAGUUAAGCUAUUUAUAAAUGUAAAAAGUAUAAUUUAAGUAUAUUUUUCUAAAUAAAUAUAUAAUGAUUCAGUGUAAUAUUACUGAAAAUUAAGUAAAAAAAGUUAUUUUGUAAAAGAUAAAAUUAAAAAACUAAAAAUAACUUUUUAGUUUUUUAAUUUUAUUUGAAUUCUUCACAUAAAUUUUGAGGUUAUAUGAAAAAAGUGUAAAAUCACCAACUUAGCUAUUUCACUUUUUCCAUAGGACUUGUAGUUUCACCGCAAGAUAAACCAUUUUUUACCCCUUUCCACUUCCCGACCUUAGAUCGCCCAUAAUUUAUUUUUGUUAUAUUCACUUCCUUUUCCAAUAAGUUGCAUCAUACUAUUAUUUUUUUCACUUUUUAUUAUUAUCAAAGUCUUCUCGGCUAAAUAGGGUAUUGGACGAUAUCAACUAUUUCGAUCAAUCUGUUGACAUAUAGGUUAGGUAACAUAAAUAGUAUGAUUUUUUUUAAAUCUUGUUUUUGACAUUGAGAAAUUUUGACAAAUGGAAACUUUAUUGUGACAGUUUCAUAUUUUUUUAUUCAAUGACAUGUGACGUAACAAUAUUAUAACAUACUUAAUAUGUCGUCGAGGUAAAUCUGGUACAUAGAAAAAAAUUAAUUAAUCUCAGGUAUAGUCAAAUACCCUGUUAUUUAUUAUAUAAGUACAGACGAGUCAGUGCAAUGUAAUCGUAUCGCAUUACGUAAGCUGUAAGCCGUGUUGUGAUACUAAACGACAGAUUAUAUUGCAACUGUUGUGGGUAGAUCAUUAUUCAACACAGUCUGCCAUUUCCGUCAUUUAUUCUCAAAAUAAUAAUAUUGAUGUGUUAGGUUAACCAUGAAGUCUAGUUUUAAUAUAGAUAUAAAAAUGAAUUAUAAUUUGGCAACAGCGGCUGCUAGUUUAACUAUAAACAUUAAUAAUAAAUAAAGAAUACAUUUUAUGCGGGACAUCUAAAUUUCGCCGUAUGAUUGCUGUGAAUUGUUUCCUUUCUCAGGUCUCGGUAGCAGGGUGUACAUCUGAUUGUUAAAAUUAUUUUUGAUUGUUUAAUAAAUGUCUUUAUAUUGUA